CCUCAACGACCCCACUUUAGACCAGCUAUUCCUGUUAGAGUGUGCAUCAUACCUUGAUAUUCUUAGCAAGUUUCUUGUCCGAGACCAUGCUUCCCUAUUGUCUACCUUCACCAUGGCUGCAGCUGCAUUCACUUCCGCUUUCGCCUCCAAGCAAGUCAGCCUCAUCAUCGAGUUAAGCAAUGGACUUCUCGAAGCGUAUGAAGGAUUUGAUCCUUCCGCCGGCACCUCCGAGCAUCAAGCCGAGUGCCAACUCUAGUGCUGCUGCCUCCACCACGACGGUGCAGUUGGCUCCUCCGGCUUUGAAUGUCCUCGACUUGAAUGAGCACAAGGGUGUGCGGCGUGCUCCGAUCAAGGAAGAAGCCGUAGAACCGGGUGACCUGGACAGCGCACAGCACGUCCGCGUUCCCAAAAACAACCAGACCCGUGCCAUGAUCACCAAAGCUCUCAAAGCACACUACCUCUUCAGCUCGCUGGACCAAGGUGAAAUCGACGAGAUGAUCGACGUCAUGGCCAUGGUCACCAUUCAGGCCGGGGAACCGGUCAUCUCACAGGGUACGUCGGGCAAGUGCUUCUACGUACUGGAGAGCGGCAAUUGUGACAUCGUGGUCGACGGCAAACUAGUGGGCACCUACACGAACGGCGAUGCGUUCGGUGAGCUCGCGUUGCUCUACAAUUGUCCUCGAGCGGCUACAAUUCGUGCCACCACGGGAUGCAUUCUCUGGACGGUGGAGCGUACGACGUUCCGCAAGAUCAUGGCCACCACGGCUUCGGCCACGCAGCUCGCUCGAGUCAACUUCCUCAAGAACGUUGAGUUACUGCAACGUCUGAGCAACAACCAACUGCAAAAGGUGGCGGCGGCACUCAAGUUGCAGCGCUUUAACGACGGUGACUACAUUAUUCGUCAGGGUGAGGAUGGCAACACGUUUUACAUCAUCGUCGAGGGUACCGUACGCUGUACGUCCCGUACGGGUGGAAGCGAAGAAGCCGAAAAGGAACUCAUGACACUUCAACGUGGCAGCUACUUUGGUGAGAUGGCUCUCGUGCUGAAUGAGCCGCGCCAAGCGAACUGCAUUGCAGUGGGCGCUGUGGACUGCUACGUCAUGGACCGGGCGGAAUUCACCAAGCUGCUCGGUCCGCUGCGAUCUCUGAUCGACCGUCAGAUGCGCAUUCGUGUCCUGCGUAGCGUACCACUGUUAUCGUCCCUUACAGACGAUGAACUCGACAUCCUCGCCCAUGCACUCAACGUGGUGGCUUUCGAAGACAAGAGCACUAUUAUCAAGGAAGGCGAUGCUGCUGAUACGUUCUACAUGAUCUCGGACGGUAAGGUGAGCGUCCGCAAGUCCGGGUUCGAGAUCAUGCAGCUCCGUUCGGGCGAAUUCUUCGGUGAGCGUGCUCUUCUCGCUAACGAACCGCGUGCCGCCGACUGCGUUGCUAUCGGUCGUGUGGAAUGCCUCACCCUCCAGCGUGCAGCUUUCGAACAGCUUCUGGGCAAACUUGACCACAUCAUGCAGCGUGAAAUUCAGCGCCAACAGCUUGUCCAGCAGUCCGUUCUAGGCGGAAGGACGGACGUUCGUACGGGCACGGCAACUCCGGCCGCACCUUCGGCCAAGAAGAUCCUCUACAAGGACCUGGACAAGAUCCGCACCAUUGGUACGGGCACCUUCGGCCGUGUUAUCAUUGUGCGCCACCGUCCUACCAACCAGGCGUUCGCUCUCAAGUGCAUGUCCAAGGCCCAGAUUGUCGAGACGCACCAGCAGAAAAACGUCAUGUACGAGAAGGGUAUCCUGGCCGAGUGCGAUCACCCGUUCAUCCUCAAGCUGCACGAAACCUACCAGGAUGCCAACCAGCUCUACAUGCUGUUCGAGCUCGUACAGGGCGGAGAACUUUGGAGUCUCCUCUACGAGAAGGCCUUCAAGGUCGCUAAGGGAGUCUGCGGCGCGUUUGACGUCUCGGCUGCAAGGUUCUACACUGCCAACGUGGUCGAGGCACUGCGAUACCUCCAGAAGAUGACGGUCGCCUACCGCGACUUGAAACCCGAGAAUCUGGUUAUCGACAGUGCCGGUUACCUCAAGAUGGUCGACUUUGGCUUUGCCAAACACGUACCGUACUACCGCAACGGAGCGUUGUACGAACGCUCCUUCACGUUGUGCGGUACCCCAGAGUAUCUCGCACCGGAGCUGGUAUUGAACAAAGGUCACGGUAAGGCAGUGGAUCACUGGGCACUUGGUUGUCUACUAUAUGAGCUCAUUGCUGGUCGCACCCCGUUCCAGCACAAUGACCAGAACAAAAUCUUCGAGAAGAUUCUCCAAGGUCGCGCUAUGGUCAGAUUUCCUCCCAAGUUCGACCCGGAUGCCAAGGAUCUGGUCAUGAAGCUGCUAGAGACGAACCCGGCGCUGCGUAUCGGUUCUCUGGCUGGAGGUAUGCAGGACGUGGUGAACCACCCGUUCUUCACGAACGCCAAGUUCGACUGGGCUGCGAUGGUCAAGAAAACCAUCAAGUCUCCGUACAUACCCGCGAUCAAGGACGCGUUCGAUGCUGGCAACUUUGACGCAUACCCGGAGGAUACCAAGAUUCGUCCGUUCACGGGCAGUGACACGUUCGAAGGAUUCUAACUGCACAAGGUCUCCAGGUUAAAGUAUGAGGAGAUUAGACAAUAAUCUAUGAUGCAAAAUGCUGU